AUGGCGAUCCUCGACACCAGUCUCGACCUCAAUGCGCUCUUUCGCAAGCAGGUCAAGGCCACCCCCGACGCUCUAGCGCUUAUCGACCCUUCCGCCAAGUACACUUAUGCUCAGCUCGAUGCAAAGGUCGAGAGCCUCUCGCUCUACUUCCGCACUCAACAUGCCGUCGGUCGCGACUCGCUCGUCGGCAUCCUCAUGGGUCGAGGCGCCGACUAUGUCAUCGCCUGUCUUGCUGCCCUGCGAGCUGGUGGCGCCUUCCUCGUCCUCGAACUCGCUUACCCGCUAGGUCUUCUUCACGAGGUCAUCAAGGACGCGAAUCCGGCCGUCAUCGUCACACAAUCCGAGCACGCAAAGCUCUUACCCAAAGCGGUUCCUUCCAUCUUGAUCGACGAUGCGGAUCAAGCAAAGACGCUCUUCCAGCCCGCAGAUGCCAAUUCCGCGUCCUCCUCGUCGCUCCCGCCUCUCCCACAAGAGACCGACCUCGAGCGCCUCGCCUUCGUCUCUUACUCCUCCGGCACCACGGGCAAGCCAAAAGGUAUCGCCAACCCGCAUCGUGCUCCCGUCAAGUCGUAUGACCUCCGCUUUGCCGUCAACGACCUCAACCCUACCGAUCGCGUGGCUUGCAAUGUCUACUUCAUCUGGGAGAUCAUUCGCCCUCUCCUGCGCGGUGCCACCACCUACGCCGUCCCAGAUAACGCAAGCUAUGACCCAGUCAAGCUCGUCGAGCUCCUUGCCAACGAAAAGAUCACAGAGACGCUCAUGACGCCCACCCUUCUCGCUGCUGUCCUCGCCCGACACCACAACCUCGGCAGCAAGCUUCCAGACUUGCGCGCGCUCUGGCUCAACGGCGAAGUCGUCACCACAGAUCUCGCACGAAGAGCCAUCAAGGCCCUCCCCAACACCCGCCUGCUCAACUGCUACAGUGCCAGUGAGACCCACGAGGUAGCUUGCGGCGACUUGCGCGAGAUGCUCCCCACCUUGCCCGACGAUGCUCCUUACUGUCCUGUCGGACCACCCAUGGACCUCGCUCACACAUACAUUCUCGAUGAAGAUGGAAAGCGUUUGGAGAACGGUGAGCCAGGCGAGCUCUACGUCGGAGGCGACCUUCUCGCUCGUGGUUACCUCAACCUUGUCGACACUACCGCAAAAGCUUUCACUCAGGACGCGUUUGCAUCUGCGCCAACUGCCCGCAAAUACCGAACGGGCGAUUUGGCUCGUAUCGUGCCAGAGAGCGGUCUGCUCGAAAUUACCGGCAGAGUAGGUGGCAUGAUCAAGAUCCGAGGCUACUCGAUCGUACCAGCCAUCGUGGAAAAGGCCAUCGUCGACAACUUUGACGUCAGCAACUGUGCCGUCGUGGCGCAUGGCGAGGGUCUCGAACGUCAGCUCGUCGCCUAUAUCGUGCCUGACGAGGGCGAGAGUGAUCGCACAGUGCUAACCAUCGACGACAACGGACAUAGCCCUGGCGCUCGACAGGUCCUCGUCUCGCACCUCGCUCACUACAUGAUCCCGACUCUCUGGGUGGUUCUCCAUUCGCUGCCUACCCACGAGGUCUCGGGCAAGGUCGAUCUCAAGAAGCUUCCCAAUCCGCAGGCUGCCAUCGCUGCUGCAAGCGGCACCAACUCUAGAGCAAGGAGCCCCGCACCAGAUGAGACCAUCAACCUCAAGUCGAUCGCACAGCUCUGGGCGCUCUCGCUCAACACCAACCCAAACACGGUUCUCGAGGGGGGCAAGACCGUCAGCUUCUUCGACCUUGGUGGCCAUUCGCUGCUGCUUGCUGAUCUGGCUACGCGUAUCUCCAAGACGCUUGGUGGCUUCACUGUGCCUCUCGGCGAGCUAGCCGGUCACCCUACGCUCCAGGACCACGUUCGCAUCACGCUGGCCGCUCGUGACGGCUACAACGCUGCUGUUCAGGCCGAUCUGCCCACUGUGCUGCGUGCCGACAUCGAGUUGGCUCCCGAGUUCAAGCUCGCUUCCCCCGACAAGGUGGCUCCCAUCACUCUGACCGAUGCCAAGACCAUCCUGCUCACCGGUGCAACGGGGUUCCUUGGGGGUUUCUUGCUGCACGACUUGCUCCAAAACACGACGGCUCGCAUCGUCUGCCUCAUCCGCUUCAAUGCUCCCUACCGCACCGACCGAUCCGCCGCGAUGGCCAGACUGCGACGAAACAUGCUCGACCUCGGCUUCUGGGACCACUCCAUGCUCGACCGCAUCGACGUUCUGCCCGCCAACCUGUCGCGUAAUCGACUCGGACUCGUGCCCGAAGUGUACGAGGGCCUCGUCGGUAACGUCGACGUGAUCGUUCACUGCGCCGCCCAGGUCAACCUCGUUUACCCUUACGCUGCUUUGCGUGACCCCAACGUCGAAGGCACCCGCGAGGUCCUGCGCCUUGCCUUCCUCUGCAACGCCACUGUGCAGUACGUCUCGACCAAUGGCGUGCUGCCGCCUUCGCAAACGGGCUGGUCCGAAUCCGAAGUCAUGCCCCUCGAAGACGUGCCGGACAAGCUGCUCGAUGGCUACUGUCAGACCAAGUGGGUCGCAGAACAGCUCGUGCUCGAGGCUGCCAAGCGUGGUCUGCCCGCCAACGUCAUCCGCAUCGGCACGCUCAGCGGUCACUCCGAGACGGGCUCGACCAACACGUACGAUCUCAUCACGGCACUCAUCGUCGAAUCGGUCCACCUGGGUGUUGCUCCCGAGAUCCCCAACUGGCACAUCGAGAUGACGGCGGUGGACUACGUCAGCCGCGGCAUCAUCGCCAUCGGUAACCACAUCGAUGCCGAACAGCGCAUCUACCACCUGGGUGACAGCGAGCCUAUCGACUGUCACCUGCUCUUCCAGCAUUUGGACAAGCUCGGUUACCCGACCACCAGGAGCGACUGGAAAUCGUGGGUCUCGCUGUGGCAGGAGAAGCGAGGUUCCGCCAAGGGAGGCGACCACGGCUUGACGGUCGACAUCCUGCGCUCGGGUAUGCCUUCAGAAGAAUUCCUGACGGGCAUCAUUGCGCUCAAGGACGAUGCUACUCGUCCCGCGCUGAAUGGCCUCGAGAGGCCCAAGGUGGAUGCCAAGCUGCUGCAGACGUACGCUCGUCACUGGUACGCGCGUGGUUGGAUGUCGCAGCAGCCUUCGAGUGUGCCCAGCACGCCCAACGGUGUCGGUAACGGCACCAACGGUCUUGCUGCUGCGGGAAGCGCCUUCGACCCCAAGUUCCCGCUCCGAGGCAAGGUGGCCAUCGUCACAGGUGCCUCGUCGGGCAUCGGCGCUGCAGUCGCCAAGGCGCUCAUCAAGGAAGGCGCUCACGUCGCGCUCGCCGCUCGUCGCGUCGAAGCGCUCGAAACCCUCAAGUCCGACUUGGUCAAGCUCUCGCGCGCCCCUACCUCGGUCCAGGGCGGCAAGGUGCACGUGCACAAGACCGACGUGGUCGCUCGCGACCAGGUCGAAUCGCUCAUGCAGACCACCACCGACGUCCUCGGACCGAUCGACAUCAUUGUCUCGUGCGCCGGCGUGAUGUACUUCACCAUGAUGCACAACGUCCAGGUGAACGAGUGGGAGCAGACGGUGGAUGUCAACUGUAAAGGGUUGCUCAACGUGCUGUCCACGGCGCUGCCACGGUUGUUGCCGCGCAAGGCGGGUCACAUCGUGGCGAUCUCCUCCGAUGCGGGGAGGAAGGUCUUCCCCGGUCUCGGCGUGUAUAGCGCGAGCAAGUUUUUCGUCGAAGCGACGCUGCAGAGUCUGCGCCUCGAGACUUCCGACACCGGGUUGAGGGUGACGUCGGUGCAACCGGGCAACACCGCUACGGAUCUGCUCGGGAUGAGCAGCGACCAAGAGGCGGUCAAGAAGUACGGCGAACCCACCGGUGCCAAGAUUCUGGACCCUAGCGACGUCGCUAAUGCUAUCGUCUAUGCAUUGAAGCAGCCCGAACACGUGGCUAUGAACGAGAUCCUCAUCGAGCCCAGGGAGGAGCCGAUUUAG